AUGCUGAACGGCAAAGAAAUCUUGCGAGAUACUGAGCCUGACCUGGUAUUGAAUCCCGCUGCGUAUUGGCGGCUGUCACUCCGGCGUCGCGUGGAAGACUUGGUGGAGAAGGAGCUGGGGCCUCACAACCGUGCAGAUCAUACGGUGGUCACCGUCUCCGUUGGUCGAUCCCAGCGCAAGUUGACCAAACGAUUUGAAGCUGAUAUUGACUGGCGUGUGGUAGAGAAUCAACUCCUCCAGUGGAGCGAGCUGUUCCUGUCCGGCAAGAAGCUUCGUGUUGACAUCAUGUUCUACCACGUGCAGUCCACGUCGCAGUCAGCCAAUGCAACGAACAGAACCAGUGGGAAGAGGGGCGGAUCCUCUCCCACACAACGAAUGCGAAGCGACCGAGCUAACCAGCUGCAAGCUGAACAGGAUAGCACCGGCGAGCCCUCGGUGUGGGCGCAAGUCUAUCGCGUCAUGCGGUGUCCUGAUUCGUGCGAUCUUGGUCCGCAUUGUUGGCGUGACCCUACUGGCAAACGACAUUACAAGCUCUACCCUCAUCAUCUGCGGAACCUGAUUGAUUUUGUCCGCGAGGGGUCAAAGCUGGAAUGUCAGGACGACGUGCCAAAGGAUGUCCGUCUCCAACUGUAUGCCGAAGCACAACAGAAACGGGAUCGUGGUCCCUCUAACGCUAGCAAGGCGUCUGCGGCAAUGACUCCUAUCACGAUCAACAAUCACUUCCCAGAUCCCAUUCAACGUGGCACAGUGCCUACUGCUUAUGGCGAGUUGCGUGAGGCAACUAAUGUAUCAGUCGAUGAUAUUGCUGCAGACUCUCUCGAUAUCCCGAGUCCGCUGGACCGGGCUGUUCGGGACUACAGCGACUGGCACAAAUCUCGGGUUGAAGACCCGUCCUACAAAGCCCAAGUGGACAGGGUUCGCGACGUUGUGCUCGAUCAAGGUCGUGACCUCCAUCAACUGCAUAAUGAUCAAGAUUACACCUUUCUAGUGGAACAGGAUGUUAAUAUUGGGACGGCGAAGCGAUUUGUAAGUGGUAUCUCUACUUGGGCUAAGCGCCGUAAAUGCCAGGUGUAG